ACCGUUUCUAGCCAGAUUUCGUGAGAUUUUUUAGGAAGAAAGCAAAACUUGCAUAUGGCAACGCUACUCUUAUUUCUCACGUGUAGCGGUUUGUUUUCCUCGUUUUCCUAAAUUUAAUUUAAAUACUUAAUUAUGAAACGCCUGAGUGACGAGCGUGCCAAGAUCCUGUUCGAGAAGCUUUCCAAAUACAUUGGCACAAAUGUGAAGCAAUUGAUUGAUCGGCCGGAUGGAACCUACUGCUUUCGGGAGCACAAGGAUCGUGUUUACUACGUCUCCGAGCGCAUCCUAAAGCUGAGCGAGUGUUUUGGCUACAAGCAGCUGGUGUGCGUGGGCACCUGCUUCGGCAAGUUCUCCAAGACGAACAAGCUGAAGUUCCAGAUCACUGCUCUCAAUUACCUGGCCCCCUACGCGCAGUACAAGGUGUGGGUGAAGUCCUCGUUCGAGCAGCAGUUCCUGUACGGUAACCACAUCCCCAAGACGGGCCUGGGCCGUAUCACGGAAAACGCCGGGCAGUACCAGGGCGUGGUGGUCUACUCGAUGAACGACCUGCCACUCGGAUUCGGCGUCCUGGCCCGCUCCACCACCGACUGCAAGACCGCCGAUCCCCUGACCACUGUCUGCUUCCACCAGUCGGACAUUGGCGAGUACAUUCGCACCGAGGAAACGCUGUUUUAGAACCGUAUAUGAUAAGUGCUAUAUUUUUACAUGUUUUUCUGAUCAUGUUUAGGUAAAUUAUAAGUCCAAAGUAAAAUUCAAA